UCCUUUUGCCAAGGCUCCGGGGAGUAGAGCCAUACCACUCUCCCUGAUGAUCCCAGCAAGUAGCUACUUCUCCCAGACAGAGUUGGGGUCAAAUCCAUGCAUGUCCUAUUCCCACAAAAGCCCACUCUCCCCAGGGCUUGCUGGGAAGGAAGGACAACUACAGCCCCUCUGAAAUUUGUCUGUGUGAGGACAGGGUGCACGAAGUUUGAGGCAGAAGUGAACGGACAGGAGUGCUUCUUAGGGAAGCAGCAGAAAGGUGGCAAGAAGCUGGCAGCGGCCCCUGAGAGGGCCCUGGCGCCAUGGACAAUGAAGAACCUCUUGAGCCUGAGACAGAAGAUGAACCCAAAACGGAGCCGGCAGCACAGGACAGUGACAAAGCCCUCUACUGUGAGGCUGAGGCCUCUGUGGCUGCAGAGAAAGAGAAGUCAGGCUGGGAGAGCUCCGAAACAGACUUGGAGAUCGAAGAUACCGAGAAACUUUUCACCACUGGACAAAGGGAGCUAUACCUGGAGGCCUGCAAACUGGUGGGUGUAGUGCCCGUCUCCUACUUUAUCCGGAACAUGGAGGAGUCCUACGUGAACCUCAAUCACCAUGGGCUGGGACCCACUGGUACCAGGGCCAUUGCCAUAGCCCUAGUGUCCAACACGAGCAUCGUCACCCUGGAGCUGGCAGACAACCAUAUCACGGAGGAGGGCGCCCUGAGCCUGGUGGAGAUGCUGCAAGAGAACUCCUUCCUGCAGGACUUGAAUAUUUCUGACAAUGAACUUGGCUUCAAGGGGGCCAGCACCAUCUCAGAAUUUCUUCAGAGAAAUACCUCUUCGCUCUUGAACCUCCAGCUUUCAGGAAAUAACUUCCGGGACGAAUCCGCAGAGCUGUUGUGCCAAGCCUUGUCGGCCAAUUACCGAAUUAAGAUGCUGGAUCUCAGCCACAACGAAUUCUCUGAUAAGGGAGGAGAACACGUCGGGCAGAUGCUGGCCCUCAAUAUAGGGCUCCAGUCACUGGAUCUGAGCUGGAAUCACUUCCACAUACGGGGAGCUGUGGCCUUGUGCAAUGGUCUCCGGGCUAAUGUAACCCUGCAGAAACUGGAUCUCUCUAUGAACGGCUUCGGGAACGAGGGGGCUACGGCCCUAGGGGAGGUCCUCAGGCUCAACAACUCCCUGGUCUACCUAGACGUCAGCAGCAAUGACAUCAGCAACGAAGGAGCCGCCAAAAUCAGCAAAGGACUGGAGAUCAAUGAGAGCCUCAAAGUUCUGAGGCUUUACCUGAACCCUUUGAGUAUGGAUGGGGCUAUGUCCCUUAUCCUGUCCAUCAAGAGGAACACCAAAUCCAAGAUGGAAGAGAUUGACAUUUCUAACGUGCUGGUGUCUGAGCAGUUCACAAAAACAUUGGAUGGGGUGUGUGCCAUCCACCCCCAGCUGGACGUAACUUACAAGGCAGUGCAAGGCUUCUCUGCCAAGAAAAUGGCCCUCUUGUGGACAAACCCCAUGAAACUGAUCCAGAGCUACGCAGACCAGCACCAAAUCACGGUCGCAGACUUCUUCAAGAGCUUGAACCCUAAGGGAACAAUGACAAUGUCUGUGGGCGACUUCCGGAAAGCGAUGAUACAGCAGGACAAGGUCCCUAUGAGCCGGUACCAAGUCAGGGAGCUGAUAAAGAAGCUGGAUGAGAAGACAGGCAUGGUGAACUUCAGUUUCCUAAAAAAGGUGAAGCCGUAGCAACAAGUCUGGUCUGGAAAGAAGUCCCCACAACAGAGAGGUCCUGGCAAGUUGACUGGUGGCGUGGAGGAGACAAAGGUCAAUUCUGAAACCUCCGUGGACAAACACCGAGGCUGGCCUGUGAGCGAGCCAAUAAAGUCCGGCUGGGUCCCCCCGUCUCUGGGCUGCUGGUGGUGUGCCCCCCCCACCCCCCACCCAGCUGGAGCAGCGCCCUCUGGGUUUAGCAACCAGCAGGGGGCGCAUCCUUGGUGGCCUUGGUAGGAACCGGGAAGACAAAUUGGGAAUGCAAUGGGGUUGCUAGGCAGCAGGAAAAGAGCAGUCAGAGAAGAUCAGUGCACGAAGGCAGUCAUGCUAGUAAAUAUAAACUGUAUCAGGGAGAGAGGUUUCUGAGAUGCGGGAGAGGCAGUGGCAGAGGGACCAGAUGCUCAGGAACAAGGACUGAGGGCCUUUAGAAGCAUAUGCUGAGGGGUCAUGUAGAGAGAGCCCAGGAUGGGAGACAGAGAGACCCGGCAUGCAGUCACAGCCCGGCACGACCUCUCACCACCUGACCUCGGAGCCUUGUGCUUGCAUCCCAAAAAAGCAGGACAGCUGAAAUAAAGGCUUCCCAAUCUGUUCUGGGAAUCUACUGUUCUACAUUUCUUUUUAAAAUUCCUUGGGAGCUAAGGAGACAUGAAUUGCUGAGCAUAAAAGCAGGGAUAGGCAAGAACAGCAUGCGCAGAGCAGGUGUGGGGAUGGGCACCUUACAGCGUUCUGAUUGACCUCGCCAGUUGUCAUUGUGGACGAACAAGGGCAGGGACUGAGUCGCGCAUCUCUGUACCAGCGCACGGUGCCCGACAUGUAGGAGGUGCUCAAUAAAGACCUAUGGAAUGAA